CCGGCCGGACUUGAAGAGUGGGGAAUGAAGGGUUUUCCUCGACUUACACUUUCAGUCUUCAACAGUUUGACUGGAGAGUAAGGUGGUUCGACUAUCAGGUAUUAUGCAGUUGAAGGAAUUUCCAUUUAAAAACGGAGGUACUUCCGUUCCCAAAGAGAGGAAAGAAGACGUGGCCUCGGUUCGAAAUUGGCUGCAGCACCAGGCUCAUUUACCUAGGAUCUCAGAUGAACACAUACUACUAUUUCUACACAGCAAUUACUACAGUGUCGAGAAGACGAAAAAUACGAUUGACUCUUAUUUCGUAAUCAGGGCUGAAAACCCUGAAUCCUUCUCCAACUGGGACACGGCGGCUAUGGAGACUGCAUUCAAAACAUAUGAAUUAGCAUCCCUUUCGAAAGUCACUCCUGAUGGCUACAAAGUGAUCCUGUACCGCUUGAAAGACACAGAUCCAUCAAAGUUCAUAUUUCAAGAUGCCCUGAGAGCAUUUUUUGCAUACAAUGAUGUUAAGAUAUCUGAGGAUGGCAUUGUUCCUGGGUACAUUGUACUGUUUGACAUGAAGGGAUGUACGAUUGGACAUCUUGCUCGAGCUACGACUGUGAUGAACCUCGUCAAAAUGUUCAUGGUUUACAUUCAGGAAUGUCAUCCUGUAAGGCUCAAAGGAGUUCAUAUCUUAAACACAGCAGCAUUCAUGGACAAGAUUCUGAUGCUCAUUAAACCUUUGAUGAAAUCUGGCUUAAUUGAUAUGCUGCAUAUGCACAGUACUCUUGACUCUCUGGCACCUCAUGUACCCUUAGACUUGCUUCCUGAGGAUUACGGUGGCUUAGCAAAACCAACUGCAGAGCUUCAUGGUUUUUUGAAUACAGAAAAACAAUACAUGACACUUAAGAAUGAGUACUCCGACUGGCUCAAAGACAGUGGUAAUCUGAUUGCGGAUCUGAAAAAGAGGCCUCAGAAGAAAAAGUUAUCAGCAAUGGAAGGCAGUUUUAGAUCUCUAGCUAUUGAUUAAUUAAAAAAAAAA